AGGAAUCUGUGAAAAUCUGUCAAACUCUUACAAUAAGUCAAUAACGAAAACAACUUCAUAACCUCAUUGUAAUAUUAUAGGUUAUUGUGAUUUAUUCGUAAAAAUAUUAUAUAUUGAAAUAACAAAAGUAAAGUUUUUAGACAUAUACUGCCGGUUAAUUAUAAUAAUGGGUAAACAACGAAAAACAAGGAAGAUUGUCGAGAGGAAGUUUGCAAAAAUGAAAAAGCUCAUAAGCCUCACAGAUAAUAGGAUCAAACCAACCGAAAGACUUGAGCCAAAAAAGAAAAAAAUUGACCCAAAUGAGUUGAAAAUACGUGAAGCUCCACAAGCAAGUUCGGCAUUAUUCUUUCAAUACAACACGCAGCUGGGCCCGCCGUACCACAUACUAAUCGAUACCAACUUCGUUAAUUUUUCAAUUAAAAACAAAUUAGAUAUUGUUCAGGGUAUGAUGGAUUGUUUAUAUGCCAAAUGUAUUCCAUACAUAACAGACUGUGUUUUGGCCGAGUUGGAGAAGCUCGGCCGCAAGUACCGUGUUGCACUAAGGAUAAUAAAAGACCCACGCUUUGAGAGGAUUACUUGCCUUCAUAAAGGAACUUAUGCUGAUGACUGCAUCGUGCAAAGGGUAACACAGCACAAGUCUUAUAUUGUGGCCACUAAUGACAAAGAUUUGAAGAGGAGAAUAAGAAAAAUACCAGGAGUCCCAAUAAUGUAUGUUGCUGAACACAAGUACACCAUAGAGAGAAUGCCUGAUGCUUAUGGAGCUCCCAAAGGAGCUAUUUAGUGUGAUAAGUUAAAUAAAGUUAAUACAUUUAAAA